ACGAAUCGGAAUAAAAAAUUAAAAUGAAUUUUUCUUCUUAUACGCGUAUAUUUGCAAUAUUGUUAAUUGUAUUACAAGUGAAUAGCACGGUAAAUAUGUUAAAGCAAAUAAAUAUAAAUACUAAGUUAAUAUUUUAUUCAGUGCAUCCAUAACUCAAAAGAAUUGGAUGAUCAAUGCAGUACCUAUUGCUAUCAAGUCGUGAAACCCCUUCUAAAAUACGUAAACACGGUUCAAUCAAUGACACAAGAACAUAAUCAGCUGCAGCAUAUUAUCAAGUUGCAAGUAGAAUCAAUAAAGAAUCUAAAUGAAUUGAUAAAAUCUAAAGACAAAUUGAGUGAAUCGUGUGAAAGUCAAAAUCAAUAUCAAAAGAAACUUAUUGAUCAAUAUGAGAUUCAAUUAACUACCUUAAAAUUAUAAAUCUCUUCGAAAGAUAAAGAGAUUAAAGAUUUGAAAUCUCAGAAUGAAAAAACAAAAGAACUUCAAACUCAAAUCACAGCAACUAAACAAGCAUCCAGCCGCUUCGGCAAUUCGGCGAAUAUUCAGACCUUAAGAGUCCCCAUAAUUGAAACAAUGGCAGUUCCUUGUGAUUCGAACUUACCUGAAGCUGGAGCUGGUUGGACUGUUAUCCAGUGUCGUAAGGAUGGAAGUGUGAAUUUUAAUAGAACGUGGUCAGAAUAUAGAGAAGGCUUUGGAAAUCUUCAUGGUGAAUUCUUUCUUGGACUGGAGAAGAUUCAUUUGCUAACACAAUCCCAACCACAUGAAUUGUUUGUAUUCCUUGGAGACUUUUUUAAUGAAACCCGAUAUGCCCGAUAUAACAACUUUGUCAUUGGUAACGAGUCGGAAUUUUACGAGUUGAAAGUACUCGGAACACACUCAGGCACUGCUCCCGAUUCAAUGCAACCUCACAUAAAUCAAAAGUUUUCAACACCAGAUAGAUACAAUCAUACUUCUAACAAUUGCGCUCAAACUUAUAAUUCUGGAUGGUGGUUUUCCAAAUGCUAUUGGUGCAAUCUUAACGGAGAAUAUAAAUAUUUCGGUAAUGAUGAGGAUGACUAUUGCAUUAGAUGGAACGCGUGGAAGCUUCAAUCGAUGAAAUUUGCACAAAUGAUGAUUAGGCCACUCGAGUGAAAAUUUAUAAUUAUUAAAAAAAAGUUGUAUAAAAAGGUUUUUUAGCAUCUCAAAUAAAUUAAAAAAUGUCUGUGAUGUGAUCAAAAUCUUGCAGUCUUUAAAUGAUAACUUAAAAUCAGAUUCUGUCUGUGACUGAUUUAGAUGUCAACUACGAGAUACCCAUUAAUAAUUUUCAAUAAGAGGAAAACCAACUAAAUAUACCAUACCAAAAAAUACUUAUUCAUGAUAUUAUUAUUUAUGACCACAUACCAAUAACUAUAAAAUAUACCAAAGACUGCAAGAUAUACUAUAUUGUCAAUGAAAGCAAUUAAUACCAGCUCAACAGCAAUCGCGUUUUGCCUUAGUAUAAACAUACAGACAGACAGACGAACAACACUAUAUCGUC